AUGUAUGAUGCAAAUGGAUUCACACUCAUCUGUGUGGAGAGUAAGAUAAGCAGCCUAGUGGGUGGUGAGGGUCUUCAGCUGGUGGGAGACUACUACAUCUCUGGCUUGUUUCCGCUCCAUAAUACGGACGUGGACGUCUCCGGUCAGCCCUAUCUGGGAGAUUGCAAAGAAGGGCGUUCAAACAAACAUGGCUACCACUUACUGCAGGCCAUGAGAUUUGCUGUGGAGGAGAUCAACAACAGCACGAGCCCCAACCUCCUGCCAGGAGUCACAUUAGGGUACCAGACCUAUGACACAUGCUCCCGGCCGGCCAGCACGCUAGCCACGCUGGACCUCCUGACGCAGCAGUCCAACGGGACGCAGGCUGGACAGAGGGCGGUGGCCGUGGUCGGCCCCGACAGCAGCAGCUACAGCUUCACUCCGGCCGCAGCGCUGGGGGCCUACCUGGUGCCACAGAUCUCUUAUGAAGCUUCAAAUGAAAUGUUGAGCAACAAAGUUCUGUACCCUGCAUUCUUCCGCACCAUACCCAGUGACAAAAACCAGGUGAACGCGAUGAUACAGAUUCUGGUCAAAUUCAACUGGACCUGGGUGGCUCUUCUUGGCAGUGACAAUGAGUACGGCCUACAGGGCAUGCAGAGUUUAUCAGAGCAGGCCUCAGAUUACGGGAUCUGUGUCGCGUACCAGGGGGUCAUACCAGGCUACAGCGAGGACACCAAAGCAACCAUGAGAAAAAUAGUCCAAAACAUCAUCAAGUCAAAAGUGAACACCAUAGUGGUUUUCUCCAGCAAGAGUAAAGUGAGCGGCUUCUUCCCCUUCGUCAUCGAACAGAACGUCACGGACAAAGUGUGGAUAGGAACCGAGGACUGGUCCGUGGCGACGUUAGUGUCGGGCAUACCCGGCAUCCAGUCCAUCGGGACUGUCCUGGGUGUGUCCGUGAAAUACUCACCCCUGUCUGGUUUCAGUGAUUUCGAAGAGCGGUCUCUUUUCAUGCUCAACAAAAGCCGAGGUUUGAAUGCCAAGGAGGAGACCCUGAGUGCCAGCUGUCUGCAGAACACAAACCUCCUGACCAUGGCGUCUCAGAACUACCCGUUGCUGAGUUACGACAUCAUCUCGUCCUUUAACGUGUACAAAGCCGUGUACGCCAUAGCACACGCCCUGCACAAGACCCUUGGGUGUGACACAGGUGGAUGCCAACACACAGACGUAGACCCGUGGGAGGUUUGGAAAAUGCUGAGAACUGUCAGGUUCUCUGUCAGGAACACAUCGGUGUACUUUGAUGAGAACGGUGACCCCCCUACCGGCUAUGACAUUGUGACCUGGGUCUGGGUCGGGGCGCAGUGGACAUUGCAUGUGGUUGGGGACUACAGCCCAGAGCCACCUGCUCUGUGGAUCGAUUCAACCCAGAUACCGUGGAGGAUCAGUGGGACGGUGCCCACGUCGUUGUGCUCCCCUGAAUGUCCCGUGGGCCACCGGAAGCUACUGACCGGACAGCAUAAGUGCUGCUUUGACUGCAUGGCAUGUCCCGCUGGCACUUUCCUCAACAGAACUGGUGCGACCAACUGCCAGGACUGUGAGUUGGAUGAGUGGUCGGUGGCGAAGAGUGAGGUGUGCCUGGCGCGGACGGUGGUGUACCUGCCGUGGGAGCACCCUCUGGGCAUCGCCCUGCUCCUGCUGCUGGCCGUCACCUUGCUGCUCACGCUGGGCACGGCCCUGGUCUUCCUGCUGCACCUGGGCACGCCCGUGGUCAAGUCGGCCGGGGGCAAGAUGUGCCUGGUGAUGCUGCUGUCGCUCACGGCCGCCGCGUCCAGCGCCCUGUGCCACUUCGGCCACCCGGGCGAGCUCGGCUGCCUGCUCAAGCAGCCGCUGUUCGUCUGCGGCAUCACCGUCUGCCUGUCCUGCAUGGCCGUCCGAGCCCUCCAGGUGGUCUGCAUCUUCAAGUGGUCCUCCAAGCUGCCCCGCUCCUACGAGACCUGGUCCAAGAACCACGGCCCUGAGGCGGUCAUCGCCAUGGUCUCUGCCUCGGAGCUUCUCAUAUCCAUGCUGCGCAUCAUCCUGGAUCCUCCGCUCCCCAGCCACGACCACGACUUCUACUUUGACAAGACCGUAGAGGAGUGCAGUAAAACCAUGUCUGCUGGGGCCUUCGCAGAGCUCGUCUAUGUAAUUAUACUCAGUGUCCUCUGUUUCUGCCUUAGCUACAUGGGCAAAGACCUGCCAGCCAAUUACAACGAGGCCAAGUGUGUGACCUUCUGCCUGAUGAUGUACAUGGUGUCCUGGGUGUCCUUCCUCACCUUCUACAGCAUCAACAGAGAAAUCUAUGCCAUGGCUAUGCACGUGGGUGUUAUACUCGUGAGCGUGCUAGGGAUCCUAGGUGGCUAUUUCCUGCCCAAGGCAUACAUUAUUUUAAUCAAGCCACAAAUGAACACCACUGCCCAUUUCCAAAACUGUAUUCAAAUGUACACUAUGACUCAACAGUGA